AUGGGCGAAAAAGUAUGCGCCCUACUAGAUAGAUUCGCGAUACUCAUACAAAUACUGUUGGGCACGAUUGCGUUCUCGACAUUAAUUUAUAAACGACAUCGCGAACGCCCACAGAGACCUGUUAAAAUUUGGUUGUUCGAUGUGAGCAAACAGGUCAUUGGAGCAUGUAUGAUGCACGGACUAAACUUGUUCGCUUCUCUUAUAGCAGGAGAAAAUGAACAAGAAAUCACGAAUCCAUGUGUUUGGUAUUUUCUUAAUAUAUUCCUGGAUUGUACAUUAGGUGUUUUUAUUUUAUUCACACUUCUCAAAUUAUUGCAUAAGGGUGCGAGUUCACUCGGGGUACAAGGAGUACGGAGUGGUGACUACGGCAUGCCACCAAGAGUCACGUGGUGGCUUAAACAACUUUCGCUAUUCAUCAUCGGCCUAUUCACCAUGAAAACAAUCGUCGUGUUACUCAUUCACAUUGCACCAUUCCUAUUCAAACUCGGCGAAUGGUCAAUACACUGGACCGAAUCAGACCCAAAACUACAAAUCGUAUUCGUCAUGUUAAUUUUCCCACUCAUCAUGAACAUUGUACAGUUCUGGUUGGUGGAUCAAGUAAUCAAGAAACGAUUCGAGCAUAUAAAAUUGGAUAAUCCAAGUGACGCGUUCGCGGGUGAAGAUGAUGUGUUUUUACAUCGAGAAUAUAGUCUGGAUGGGGAUUCGCCGUUGUCCCCGCAUCACCGAUAUAAUACUAGUGAUCCACCAACGGCUUCGUUAAACGAUGACGAUAAAGAGAAUAAUAAUGUUACGGUAGUAAUUACAAAACAAAAUCCACGCGGUUCAAACCUUUCUACGUCAUUAUCAAAACCAUCGCCUUUUCAGAAUUUUACAUACACUACAGCAUCCUCCAAUACACCCGAUGGCACUGGCUCUGGUCGAGGACGAAGCCGUGGCCGCGGGUCUAAUUCAGGACUAAUAACCAUAGCCGGCAAGAAUUUUGAUAUUUCGCCAACCCCAGCGUCAUCACCACCUUCACAACCACCAGCACGAAAAAAAAUAGAAAUAGACAAUGUUGGGGUUAAUAAUUUUGUUUCAACACAGCAAUUUGAAGAUGCAGAAGAACCUGUAUCGUUAUCUAAAGGUAGAAUACAACAAUCACAAAAUCAGAAAAUGAAACAAAAUAAUAAAACGUUAAACAGAGACGGCGAAUACGCCAGCAUGAUAAUUUCGUUGGUUAAAGAUACAAUUGUGAACUCGAAGAAUACUGAAAACCUCCCAAAAACAAAAAGUAUUCUGAUGAAGUCGCCUGGGUCGCCUGAUAAGAAGCAAUCAAAUGCAGAAGCAUUGUCUAUUAUGUCUAAAUUGAUAAAUAAGAAAAAGAACGAAGUAAUAAUGAAUGGUAGCCAGUUGUCAAUGGUUCCUCCAAAGGUUUCCGAUAAUAGCCAAUUAUCAUCAAUUGUUCUUCCAAAGGUUUCUGAUAGUAGCCAAUCAUCGUCAAUUGUUCCUCCAGAGGUUUCCGAUAGCAGCCAAUCAUCGUCAAUUGUUCCUCCAGAGGUUUCUGAGGUUUCACUAAAACAAGAUCAAGACGUCACAGUCGAUGAACUUUAUCAACUUGCAGUUGCGCCAGAAUUAGACGAAGACGAUGAAGCGAAGAAAACAUGGCAAGCAAAAAUAACGGCUAAAAAAAAGAAAAUAUCUUCAGCUACUAUUGUUCCACAUACCAGACGUCAAUUAAUCUCCGAUGAGAUGAGAUCAAAGGAUCCAAUUGUAAAAUCAAUGAAGCUAAAGGCAAAGUCUAUUGAUGGUGAAUCCAUGACUUCAGGAGAUGAUGGCAAGAAAGAAGAGUCAACGAAUCAACAAUCUAAAGAUGAUGAUGUUAGUAGUAAUGGUAAACUUGCUAAGGAUAAUUCACCUAUCCUGUUGGACACUACUAUACAGACUAAGAUUUCAUCAAAGGCUUGGAAAUGGGAUAAAAAUAAAGCUGCAGAACUUUUCCCGGACUUUCUUGAACCAAUUUCUGGUAUAGUGGAAUCUGGAGAAGCUCAAAAACGACAAUUGACACGCAAUCAACGUCUAAAUCAAAUGUCUGAACUAGAUGUUGUAACUUUUGAUCAACUAACAUCAAAUCAAUAUGAUAGGACGAGGGGCACAUAUCCAAGAAGAGGAGGAUAUAGAGGCGGAUAUAAUAACAGAGGAGGAUAUAAUGAUAGAGGAGGAUAUAAUGGUAGAGAAGGAUAUAAUAGUAGAGGAGGAUAUAAUAAUAAUAGAGGAGGAUAUAAUGAUAGAGAAGGAUAUAAUAGUAGAGGGGGAUAUAAUAAUAAUAGAGGAAAUCUAGUUGAAGGCAAUCGUAACCAAUUUCGUGGCGGAGGUAUGAAUCGUCAAACUCGAAGACCCACAAAUUUCCAAUUCAAUGCACAAGCACCGGAAAAUAUGCAAUUCACAAGUUCUGUGGACACAGAAUUUAACUGGUCACAUUUCAAUUCAAAAUAUCCUCCUGUCCAAAAUUAUUUUUUGAAAUCAGCGGCUAAACUAUCGCCGAUCGAACGUGCUGGAUUAAAAUUGGAAAUAAUUGGUGGUGACUAUCAUCGAUAUUUGAAUCUAUCACCGGCUACCGAAACUACAUUAAAGGAAAUAAAAAGUCCUGGUGGUGUGGGUGCUAAUAAGCAGCAACAGCAGAAGGAAUCGAUUGCACAAACGGUGAAAUCAAUGAGUAUUUUACUUGACGAUAAUACUUCAUAUUCGUAUUCUAUAGAUAAGAAAACAAUAUUUCUAGGGACUUUUAUGGAAGGAAUGCAGGGUCGAUUCAGGACCUUACUACCGCCUACUGCAGCAGCAGCAGAAAAAGUUGCUAGAAAAUGA